CGCCAAUAUCUUUGCACAUGCUCACAGUCUCCAGCUGGGUUGCGUUCUGCGGAUUUGGGAUCACUGUCUCGGGGCAGAAGAAUCGUUAGACCUGCGGUGAGAGAUUUAUUGGAAUAAAAAACCCAACUGGAAGCAAACCACGACUGAAGAUGAGGGAACAUCAACAAGUGAACCAGCCAGAGGAUUGAGAGCAUCAACUGAAGAGAAUCCAUCUGACUCGGAGAUUCCAGUGAUUCAGUCAGGAGAAAGUUUGUUAGACCUGCGGUGAGAGAUUUAUUGGAAGAAAUACCCACAACUGGAAGCAAACCACGAAUGAAGAUGAGGGAGCAGCAGCAAGCGAACCAGCACGAGGACUGAGAGCACCGACUAGAGAGAAACCCUUUUGACUCAGGGUUUCCAUUGAUUCAGUCGGGAACAAGUCUGGGUACUUUUGAAGACCCUGAGCUGGAGUUACACCCUGACUUUGGUUCUUUGCAGGAAUUCAACCAGCUGUCAGUGUCACACAACUAUAUGAUAUGCCAAGAACAAGGCUUAGAAGACUACCUUGUCUUCAGGGUUCCAGGAUUUUGAGGCUCUGGAGGUGGAUGGACAAUUGUUAAAAACAACAAGGAAUUUGUCUAUGGGAAUUCAAACACAACACACCAGUUUUGCUGUCUCUGUCCAGAUAUUUUAGGAGUGGAGCAAGGGAUUCAAUCGACCAUCCUUCCUACUCAGACUGUGGAGAGGGAUUUGCUCAAUCAUCUGACCGACUGGCAUGCCCAUCAUCUUACACAUGGGAGAACCCACUCAGACAGUGGGAUUGGAUUCAGUUGGUCAUCACAACUGAAGGUACAUCAGCAAGUUCACACUGGGGCAAGGCCAUUCACCUGUUCUGUGUGUGAGAAGGGAUUCAGAAGGUCUUCCCACCUGUGGACACACCAGUCAGUUCACACUGGGCAGAGGCUGGUCAGCCGCUGAAGUUAUAGGGAAAGAUUCACUUGGUCAUCUGACCUAAUGGCUCACCAGCGAGUUCACACCAGGGAGCAGCUGUUCACCUGCAUGGACUGUGGGAAGGGAUUCACUUCUUCAUCUCAACUGAAGCUACAUCAGCGAAUUCACACUGGGGAGAAGCCGUUCACCUGCUCAGACUGUGGGAAGGCAUUCACUCAGUCAGCCCACCUAAAGAGACACCAGAGUGUUCACACUGGAGAGAAGCCAUUCACCUGCUCAGUCUGUGAGAAGGGAUUCAUUCAAUCAUCUGACCUACAGAUACACCAGACAGUUCACACUGGGGAGAGGCCAUUCACCUGCUCAAUCUGUGGGAAGACAUUCAGUCAGUCAUCCUACCUACAAAGACACCAGCGAGUUCACACCGGGGAGAAGCCUUUCACCUGCUCAGAAUGUGGGAAGGGAUUCUCUCGAUCAUCCAAUCUACAGAGUCACCAGCGAGUUCACACUGGAGAGAGGCCAUUCAGCUGCCCACACUGUGGGAAGGGAUUCUCUCUGGCAUGUCACCUACUGAGACACCAGACAGUUCACACUGGAGAGAGGCCAUUCACCUGCUCAGACUGUGGGAAGGGAUUCAGUCAGUCAUCAAACCUAAUGGCUCACCGACGAAUUCACACUGGGGAGAGGCCGUUCACCUGCUCAGACUGUGGGAAGGGAUUUACUUGCUCAGCCCAACUGAAGAUACACCAGUCAGUUCACAUUGGG